CGUGGCUAUGCAAAUACAGCGGGCACUGUCGCACGGCCGGAGCGGACGCGGCGGUCGAGUCUCCUUCCCUGCCAGCAGAGCCCACCAUGCAGGCAGACUCCGUUCUCCACAGUGGCUACUUCCACCCCGUGCUGCGCUCCUGGCAGUGCACGGCCACCACCUUCGAUGCCUCCAACCUCAUCUACCCCAUUUUUGUCACUGACAGCCCUGAUGCCGUGGAGCCAAUUCCCAGCCUUCCUGGACAAGCCAGGUAUGGAGUGAACAAGCUGGAGGGGAUGCUGCGGCCCCUUGUCGAAGACGGCCUCAAGUGUGUGCUCAUCUUUGGGGUGCCCAGCAAGGUGCACAAGGAUGAGAGAGGCUCUGCUGCUGAUGCCGAGGGCACUCCUGCCAUCCAGGCCAUCAGGAAGAUCCAUUCCACCUUCCCAGAGCUGCUGAUUGCCUGUGAUGUCUGCCUGUGCCCCUACACCUCGCACGGGCACUGUGGCAUCCUGCGUGAAGAUGGCACCAUCCAGAACGAGCUCAGCUGCCAGCGGCUGGGGGGGGGGGCGCUGGCUUAUGCCAAAGCAGGCUGUCACAUCGUGGCUCCCUCGGACAUGAUGGACGGGCGCAUUGCAGCCAUCAAGCAGGCGCUGAUCUCCAACGACCUGGGCAACAAGGUCUCGGUGAUGAGCUACAGUGCCAAGUUUGCUUCGUGCUUCUACGGCCCCUUCAGGGAUGCAGCGCUGUCCAAACCUGCCUUUGGGGACCGGCGCUGUUACCAGCUGCCCCCGGGCGCGCGGGGCCUGGCCAUGCGUGCUGUGGACCGGGACGUGCGGGAGGGCGCGGACAUGCUGAUGGUGAAGCCGGGGAUGCCCUACCUGGACCUCGUGAGGGACGUGAAGGCUCGGCACCCCACGCACCCGCUGGCCGUGUACCACGUCUCGGGGGAGUUCGCCAUGCUGUGGCACGGCGCGCAGGCCGGCGCCUUCAGCCUGGAGGCGGCCGUGCAGGAGGCGAUCACGGCCUUCAGGCGUGCAGGGGCCGACAUCAUCAUCACCUACUUCACCCCGCAGCGGCUGCGCUGGCUGCGGGGGGGGGGGGGGGGGGGGGGGGCCCCGGUGCCCCAGCGGGGACUGUCGCUGCCCCGGGCCGGCAGACUUUGCCCCUGGCACUCGCAGCAGGGUUUGCCCUCCGUGCCGCGUUCCAUGCUGGCCCCGGAGGGGCCCUGA